UUUAAGGUUUUAGUAGUGGCUGUGUUCGUUCGAUUUCGGAUGUGCAGAGUAAAAAAAAGAUUAUUUUGUAGUGAAUAAAAUAUUUUUUGAAAAGCGCAGAAUAAAAAAAUUCGCUAUCGCGACCGCCAUUGUUUUACUGCGCACAGUAUGAAAACGACAUUAGUGUUUGCUAUUCAAGAAGUGCGGAGAUAAAAAAGUGAAAAAUUGAAAAUUCGUAAAACUCAAAGCAAGCGGAAUAAGAAUAUGUUGGGGAAAAAAGUUUUCUCACAAAUGUCGAAUUGGCUUUUGUUAUCCAUAUAGUGGCUGGUGUUGUUUUUGUAAAUCUACAGUGACUACCACUCGUUCAUUCUGCCUCUAAUUAAAUCUAAAAGAGAAUAAGAAAAAAAUAAAGGCGGCCAUAACUAAAAAAAUUAUAAUUUGAAAUAGUUUCGUGUAGUUAAUAUCAAAUAAAGUUUGCUAUUUAAAACUUACUUGAAGAGUGCUUGUGGGGGUUUAAAGUUUUUGAGUACAUUAUAAAACCUUAAACCAACAGAAAAAAUCAAAGUAAAUAGUCAUAUAUGAAAGUACUAAAUCGAAAUUCUGUUCCCGUUUCGUGGUGAAAGAAGAGGAAGAAUUUGUAGCAAAGCUAAACCCCUAGCUGUAUGGUUGUAUGGCGCGAUUAUGAAUUUGUGAUUUCGUCAAAAAGUUUAAAUUUAAAUGAAAUACUCCACAUUUGCAGUAUUGAAAAAGCUCGCGAAUUUAUAAAAUUCAAUAAGUUUUUUGAGUGUAAUGUGUUAGAAAGAACCCUAUUCAUUUUAUGCAAAAUCUACUUCAGAGAGACAGCUUGGAAUUGGCUGGUGAACACCAAUUCCACAUAUGCAAAAUAGAUCAGCUGAUUUGUUCCACAAAGAAAGAAAUAUUCACAUCGAAAGAAAGAAUAUUUAUAAACAGCUAGCAAACACUGUUCUUUUAAGUUAUAUAUCAAGAAAGAAGGAAAACAACAUUAAAAAUUGAGAAGUCAAUUGAUACGACGACGCGCGCAAUACGCAGGCGCAGUCAACGAGUUGGCAGUGGUCGUGGUGCUGAGAACGAAACCGUGGCGGUGGAUAGUGGAAUCAACGCCAGCGCAUUGACAGACGCUGCGUAUGAUAGCAUCGUGGCCGCUGACGCCGCGAUUAAUGAGAAACCAGAUGAAUCAGCUUCUGGUAGUAAAACUAUGGCACCUGCGCUCAACGAGCCAAUGAGCCCCACUGAAAAAUUGUCCAACUCGAUGACAAAAGUUGCACCUCCAUCUCGUUCGACUAAGAGUGUUGGUGAACCCGGCUCAACAACGCCAACAACGCUCAUCACCAAUAGCGAACAAAAAGUAAAAGGUUACCAUCGAUCGUCUGUUUCUACCCCAACGUCGUCAUCAUCGACAUCUAAUUCGACACGGGUGACCCGCUCCAAAGACGCCUAUCAACGAGUUUUUGAACAGGCUGUGUCGCCCACUACAACAAUUGCGCAACAAUCAAAACAACUAAGCAACACAUUGACAGAUAAAAAAGGUACAUCGGUAAUAGAUACCAGUUUGACAGAGGUGGAAAAGAGGGAGACUCAGAAGGAAGAUACUAACAGUAAUGAGCCAAUGGGCCUAAGCGUAAUCUUACAUAACAAAGGCAUUAGUAUUGGUAAUGACAAUAAUAUUGUUGAGCCAAUAUUUUCGGAUGCAGAGGCGAAUGAGACACUUCGCAAAGAAACCGAAUCAAACUUCAACAAUAAUAAUAAUACAAGUAUAAGUUGCAAAAGUAAUUCCACGGAACAGCUUUUGGCCGAUUUGACAAACGAUAUUGAAGAGAGCAUAACAACGAAAGUUUGUAUUCGCAAACAUCUUCAAGAAGUCACAGUGGGGAAGAACGGCUCAAAUACAUCGAACGUUCUAACAAAUACAAAAUCGGAAACUAAAGAACCCACUAACAAUCUUAAAAAUUGUGGAAAAGACGCAAAGGAAGCUUUAAGCCCCCAUAACGCACAAUCCUCUCAAAGAGUUGAAUCACAACACAUGGAAGUGGAGUUUCUUAAUGAAAGUAAUGAAAAAAGCGAAAAUUCUAUAGGGUCCACCUCCAAAACGCAAGCACAAAAGAUAUCAAUAGGCAAUGAGAGAAAAAGGAGUAGUGACGGCAAUUUAACAGCUCUGGGACAAGAAAAGCCUACACCGCCUGUUCAAAAUGAAGAGGUACAUGCCGAGUCGGGGAAAGGGAACUCAAGUGCUCUGAAAUCAGAUGCUGCAACGCGUAUUCAAAUUUUGUCGGUAGACGUCCUGCCGCCAAUAAGUACAGAUUCAACAAUGACCGCCUCAGAAGUGGAGGAUAAUCUUGAAGAGAGAUUAAGUCAAUUGGAUGGUACGGCGAUGGCUUCGCCAACUUGUGACGAGGGUAAUGCGCCAGUAAGUGGUAGCAUUGGAACUCUUCCCGUAUCAACAACACCACCGUGCACACCAACAAAGCAACAAACACAUCUCCAACAGGUGCAGCAGUUGCAACUUCAAUUGCAACAAACCCCACCAACACCAUUAUCAAAUCAAGUGCGCCAGCUACAACACUCUUUCACGCCGCAAAGCAGCACAUCAUCGGUGAAUACAUUGAACAGCACGAAUUUACCACCGGCGUUUAUGAAAGAGGGUGGUGCUGGCGAACUAGAGGAUCAAGAUAUAGAGGAGGUUUUGAAAGUGCUUAAAGGUUUCGAUGGCAGCGCUGGCGCUGAUACGCUCUGCGACUUAAAUGUACUAUUUAAUGAAGAGUACACACUAUACGAAGACGUCAGUAGCCAGGUAGCAUCUACAUCGAACAAACCGAGCCCUUUAAAGGAAAUGCAAAGUGAAAUCGAACGAAAUCAACAAGCGAUGCAUCGGAAAAUUGAUUUUCUAUUACGGCGUUUGAGAAAAAUACAAUCUCGAUAUAUGAGCAAACACUGUAGCGAAGAAAUAGCUGGAUUGUUUGAGUGGACGGCGCGUAUAUCUGUGGGCAAAAGUAAUUCGAUGAAUAGAGUUACGGAUUUAAUAUGUCCUGACACCGCAAUCAGUGUCAUAGCAGCGCGACCUCCCGCCAAUAAUUGGGAGGAUGAGAAGAAUCCAGUGGCUUCAACUCAAAUGUCAUCUAUGUUACGACGUUUAGAGCAGUCUUCGAACGCCCAACAACUGUGCAUGGUUCCCACAAAUAGCAAUUUGAGUGUCGCCAGUGCGCAAAUGCCCCGAAAAUCUAAAAAGGCAUUUUUACAAGAUUUGCAAACCGCCGCGUCAACAUCCGCAGCGGCGCCGUCAAUAUCGACGCAAAUUGAACGUAAAGGUGAAGUUGUGGUUCCCAAUUACGAUAUAAAUGUCAGCGAAGAAUUGGCUCAGGUAGCUGGGCUGUUGCAAACUGAAAUGCGGGAGGUACAGACAGCCAUGGAUUCGGAUGCGACAGAGUCCAGCUCUGGCGGUGAAUCAGCCGAUGAAAUGGUCACCUAUAAUAAUCAAAUACAACAGCCAUUAGCUAUCGCAAAGCGGGCAGCUUGGCGAUAUUCACGAGAUAGAGCAGCGAUAGCCGCGCGUUGGUCAUGGCUACUUUCACAAAUAGCUGAUUUAGAAAUUAAAAUACGGCAACACACUGAACUACGACAGGAAAUUGUACGAACCAAGGGCUCAGUACUAUGUGGUCCAGAUGAAUCGUACGCAACUGCGAAUGAUGGUAGUCUCAAAACAGACGAAGCCUCCACAAUCAAUAUAACAGCAACAUCUGUUAAUGGUUAUAAAGGUAAUCUGACAGGAAACACAAGUAGUAAAGUGGAUUUAGCCGAAGGGGAUGGAACGGGAGUAAUGGGUGCUGCUCGCACUCGUGGAUUUGUGACAACACUUUUCCGCAAACGUAAACUUCUACAAACACAGAGCCUGCACACAAUUUCUAAGAAGGCUGCACGACCAAGUAAUAUCAAAUGUGGUUGCCAGUGGCCGUUCAAUCCAUGUGCACUCUGUACGGGCCGAAUAGAUCCGACGGCGCCUCGUGAUCCGCCAGAUACAAUGAUGAUGGCGGAUAGAAUAGCGCUACUGGAUCCUGGUUAUCAUCCUGUUUUAAGUUUCCGUGAAGACAUCAGCAGCACUUUGCACUUGGAGGCUAUUGCUCGAAUUCCAGAAUGGCAGCAAAGAGUUAUGCGUUGUCAAGUUAAAAGUAUUGCGAAAAGCGUCUGGAAAGCUGAACGAGAAGCCGAACGUGCAGCCGGACUUAACACAUCCAAGAAAUACAAUGAACCGGUCGUGAAACGCCGCUAUACAAAGAAAAAGGAUCGCUUGGCGAUGGAGGAAAAGAAUGCGGCGGCGGCAGCGGCUACGGCAACAACAGCAAAUUCUGCGAAUGCGUCACUGUCAACGGCAAUUGGUUUUACAACAGAUUCAUCGGCUAAUUUAACAAAAGGAGUCGGUCUGGAAAGUGUUGGAGCGACUACGAAUGUGUCAGCAGCUAGCGCAAAUGAAACCGCAGCGAUAACAGCAACAGCAACGUCAUUGCCGGCGAGCGAUGGUGGAAACGGUACUGGCAUUUUGUCUACGUCUACUACAACAACGCCACUUGUGGCCAACAAAGUGGCAAAAAAUUCAAAAAAGCUGCAUCAUUAUCAUCUAGUUGGCGACGGUGUGUUGUUGGAACCGCCACGACCCUUAUCACCGGUCGCCACCAAUCACAGCAGUCACAGUCAAAGCAGUUAUCACAGUCAACAAAGCGUCAACAGCAAUUCGGUACAUCAAACAAGCGACAAUCCUCCGCAAAAUUACGAUCCAUACAGUCCCAACCCAAUACAUUCAUCAUUGAUCUCCAGCAACAGUAAUGGCUUCAACGGCGGUGGCGGAGUAGUAGGCGGUGGUAGUAGUAGUGGUAUUGGCAACCACAAACAUAAUAAACAUCGUAAAAGUUCUGCGUCAAGCACAUCAAUGGGCAAUGCGAACAACAGCAGCGGCAACAACACUCAUUUUCAAUAUCAGAAUAAUUAUGUGUCAUCGAACUACACCAAUUACACCGGUGAAUCGAAUGAUGCAAAUUGGGACGGCUUUGCGACAAGGAGUCGCACAUCAUCGCCAACACAUGUCAGUGCAUCCAUCGGAAACAGCAACUAUUACAAAUACGAAAGAUCUAAAAAUCGAACUUCAUAUGACAUAGACAACAUUGUUAUACCCUAUAGUGUUGCGGCGACGACACGCGUUGAAAUUUUACAAUAUAAGGAAAUACCAACACCCAAAUGGCGUGUUAUUGAAGAAGGUGGAAGACCUGCUUCUGAGACAACCGAAGAAAAUGUUACGGAUAAUACAGUUACAGCGAAAACUGAUGUCGAUGGGAGGUUAGUAAAUGAUGUAAGUGAUAUCGCUGAUGUGGCAUCAGAUGAUAUAACAACAGCGAACACAAAUGAAGAUGUUAAAGAACAGAGUGCACCGGCGUUGUCAGUUGAAAACUCAGCAGCGACAACAACGGCAACAACAGAAAAUGCAACGCAAGCAUCCCAAAAAAUUGAUGUUUCUAAGGAAGUCCUGCCAACAAUUGUUUCUCCGCUUGUAAAUGCGCCGAAAGUGUUAGAGCAUAAAAAUAAUAAUGUUUUAUCAAAAGAUGGCAAUGUUUCAACAAAAGUUGAACGAGAAAACAAUACAGCUGACUCAACAACAGCUUCUACGUCGUCAGACGAGCCAGCAACGAAAAAAGUAAAACAUGAAAACCCCUCAUCUUCAGCUGAAUACACUAUAGCGGCUGAAACAGAAACUGUAGACGAUCCUAAUCCAGGAAAAAAUAAAAUUACAGAAACUGAGUUAACUUUGUCUUUCAAUGAUACGUCGCAGCUGAAUCGUAGUGACACAAUUCAGGAAGAUAACAUUGAGCCUGAUCUUACUGCUGAUGAAGGCAAUGAGACAGAGGACAUCUCUGAAGAAACUGUAAAGUUACGACAUGAGCGCGCGCUGGUAGAGGAGCGGCGAAAAUUCCAAACGUAUUUAAAAUAUCCUUGGAGUACACGUUCACGAGCUAAUCGGCGCAUUGACAGUCGCGCAGAAUCUAGUGGCGCCAACACUCCGGACCCCACUUCUCCGGCCCCACAAACCGCCAGUUUAUGUGGUGGUGAUCAGGAGAGUAUUCCGUCUCCUGCACCACCGUCUGCACCACUUAAUCCCUUAGACACGAUCACGGAAGUGACCGAGAAUGGCUUAUCAAACCCCAUUGGUGGCACCUCAAAUUGUGCGAAUAAUAAUGAUUUAAACAAACGUUUGGAACGCCGUCGUACAACAUCGACGAAAAAGGAUCGCGAAAUGGAGCGACGAAGUUCUACGCCAGAUUUAAGAGAGCUUGUGCCUCCAUAUGAACCUUUGAAAUUCCCACUUACCGAUGAGGAAUUUGAAGGCUUGCUAAAGGCAAUGCCCAUCGAAUUUCACCAUUUGAAUUUCGACGCAAAAUAUUUAGAAGACUGUAAUGGCACUGGUGCUGCCGCUGGUGGCUCCAAAUAUCCACGUCAUCGCAACAGUUGGCGUGGUGAUGGUUCGACUGUGGUUAACCGACGUGGAAAAUCAAUGCAAAACUGUGAUGUUACAACAAAUAAAAGACAGCGAGUUAAUGGCGGUAAGAUACGUAAAGGUUCGAAGGGCGGCAGGGGAAGGCGCCGCGGUAAUCAUACCCGCGUUAAAUUUAAUAAUGAAACGGUGAACAAUUGUGUGAAAUAUGGUGGUGGUGCGGCGGACGAUGUUGAAGAAGCGGAUGAUGACGACGAUGAUGAUGAUGAUGUCGAUUUAAUGAUGCUUUUAGCCGAGGGGGAUGAUGAUUAUGACUAUCCAAAACAUCAUUUGGCUCCCGAUGAUGAUCUCUUUGAUGGCGGCGCUAGUAGUGCAGGCGGUGUUGGAGCCCUAAACGGUGGCGCACGUGAGCGAAUGAUGAAUAUAGACGAUGAGUAUGAGGCUUAUUUAGGCCGACGUCAUCGUGACAGCGAUGCGGAGUCCACGGACAGCGAGCCAUUCGGCGAUGAUGAUCCGAACGAUCCAGAAUGGCGUGGCGAAAGCGAUGAUCGUGGUGGCGUUGGCGCUAAUGAACGUCAACGCCGUACCGUGAGGUAGCGAGAAUAAAUAAAUAAGUAAACUUAUUAAAGUCGCCUGAAGUAAUCGCCACUACGCUUUUAUAUAAUAUUUGAAUAUUUUCCACAUUUGUUUUAACAAAUUCGAUUCAUGUUGCGUUGCAUUAAUAUUUAGUGUGCGUAAUGCCUUGUUCGUGGUAAAGCUAUAGAAUUAAAUUUCCCAGUUUUAAUUACAAUAUCUAAAAAAUUACACAAAUACUUGCGAGCAAACACAAUUGACAAGAGUGAUAGACGAAUGGAUGUAUAAGAAAAAUAAAAAAUAACCCAGACCUAUAGUUGCACUUAAUUAAUGUACAAUAACAUAACAUAUUUCAGUUCUUACAUAAUUUACACAUUUAUAAGAAAUGUUUCGUAAAUAUGCAAAAGUAUGCUUUUCUCCAUUUGAAAAUUUGUAAUUUAUAUACAUACAUAAAUACCUACAUAUAUAUAAAUGAAUGCAAUUUUGUUGUGCUUUCAUGUAGUUUUAAAUAUCUACAGAUGUAUAUAAAUCAAUAUCACAUAUGUUCAUGAAAUUUUAAUGGUAACAACUGUAGGAGUAUAUUAAUUUUUUGCUGUCUUAAUAAAAUGCAAAAGUGCAGAAAAACGAAAAACGUCGAAAGUAAAGCAUUAACAAUAAUUGAAGGCAUUUUUUUUUUUUCUAAAAACACAUUUACAAACUAAUUUAUGUUGUAUUCGUCUUCAUUUGCGCACAACGACAGGAGGCGAAGUACGCAUUGUAAAAAUUAUAAAUAAGUUAAUGCUUUUAAUUUCUUAUCGGUACAUUUUAUAUUAGCUUUCAUAUUGAAAACAAAAAGAGAGAAAAAUAGUAAUAGCAAACAAAAAAAAAACAAAAAUUUGUAUUUAAAAACAAAAAUAGUUGUCAAUAGCAUAACCUAUAGAAAACAAAAACUAAUAUAUUAACAUUUAAUUAUAAUUAAAUAUACAUACAAUUUAUUAUUAUGCUUAAAUUUAGUAUACACACAUAAUAUUCACAUGUAAAACAAUACAUUUACACAUAAACAUAAACGCAGAAUCUACAAACAAGAUUUGGAAUUAACUAUGUGUAUACAGCGCGUGUUGCGCAAUUAUACUAAUUGGUUAACAAUUUUGUUGUCUUAAUUAUGUUUGUAACACUCAAAAUUGUACACGACCACCGCUACUCGGAAUUCGAAACGAUCUCUUUGCAAAUGCAUUAAAUUUUAUCCUCAUUUUUGAAAUUCCAAAUAUCAGAGUUUAUUGUUUGGUUCAAUAUAUGUACAUAUGUACAUGCAAAGUUAAACAUUUUGUAAAAUAUUAAUUAUUCGCUCUCAGAGAAUGUACGUAGACUCACUUAAAACCAUCAAAAUUAUUUGCUUGUAAAUUGUAAAGUGUUCUCAAGAGACCACAUAAAUUGUUGAUCGCUCGUUAAUAGGCUCUAGGAAAGGCAGUUUCAAAUAACGGCUUAUAUUUAAGAAAUAUAUUGGCUUCUGCAAGCCGACUUAUAAA